AAAAGGAAAAAAGAUGUCCCGAACAUUCUUCUUUUUGUUAUACAAAUCAUCAUGUUAAAAUAAUAUUCAUUUCACCAGUAGACAGUAUAAUUAACUUUCUUAACAAUAUAAGAAGUGAUAACUAAUUCAACUUGGGACUCGCAUUUCGUAGGUAUAGCUUCUCCUUGUAAAUCUAUCGAAUUUGGUGGAUCCAUUACCAAGUCCAACAAGAAAAAGUUAUCAGCUAAAGAGUAGUCAAUAAGUCAGUAGAAGAGGACGGCACGAAUAGCGAAAAACCAUUUUUUUUGAAUCUGCUGCCGAAAAGUUCCCAAUUCCCUUUUUUGAAGGAAAAAAACCCAUUGAUAUUGAUUUUCAAGAAUCGUACAGGGCCUAUAACUGUUUGCUUUAUUGCCUCAGAGAAAAAUAUGAGCAAUAAAGAACCUGUGAAGUUAGAUGAUGAGCAGUUGGCUGAACUGCGAGAAAUCUUCCGGUCGUUCGACAGAAAUGAUGAUGGGAGUCUGACCCAACUCGAGCUUGGCGCGCUAUUGAGGUCACUUGGUUUAAAACCAAGUGCUGAUCAGCUUGACACAUUAAUCCAAAAGGCCGAUAAAAAUGACAAUGGCCUUGUUGAAUUCUCAGAGUUUGUUUCACUUGUUGCACCGGAGCUUCUUCCUGCAAAGUCCCCUUACACGGAGGAGCAAUUGAAACAGCUUUUUAAGAUGUUUGACAGGGACGGAAAUGGGUAUAUAACGGCUGCUGAGUUGGCUCAUUCCAUGGCUAAGCUUGGACAUUCUUUGACCGUGGAAGAGCUUACUGGUAUGAUCAGAGAAGCUGAUACGGAUGGAGAUGGCAGGAUCAGUUUUCAGGAAUUCACUCAGGCGAUUACUUCGGCUGCUUUUGAUAACUCAUGGGCUUGAUAUACUUAGGCCCUUAUUCUAUAGCAAAGUAGUAAUGAGUGUGGUGUGUUGACCAUGAUGAAGAAGAGAAUUUCAGAUGCAGUGUUGCUUCUGUUGUGCUCCGAUCCCAUGCAUCUUAAUGCACUGCUUCUAUCCGAUAGAAUAUUUCUUUGCAUGAGAGAGGCUUUCUCUCAUUUUCCUCUAUUGCUUUCUUCGACUGAAUAAUGUUUGAGUGACAAUUUUCCUCUUAGAUUACUGGAUUUGAAGAUUUGGAGUAGAUUACUGUAAAAAGACUCGGAACUGCAACGGGUAAAAUUAGAAUGCUAUUAUGGAUCUUGAUUUUCGGGACUUGUUAAUGUCUCAUUAGGAACGAACGCAUAACCUAAUACGUGGAUGCUUAU